GACCUUAAGGGUCGUCUUGAUGGAAAAGUUGCUAUUAUUACUGGGGCAGGAAGCGGUAUUGGUUUUGAGUCAACCGUUUUGUUUGUGAGGGAAGGAGCCAAUGUAGUUGCUGCAGACAUUAAUCUUAAAUCUGCUGAAGCUGUGGUUGAAAGAAUAAAGGAGAAAUUUCCAUUGAAUGUUCUUAGACGUGCCGUUGCUUAUAAGGUGGAUGUUUCCAAGGAAGAUGAAACCGUUUAUUUACAUAAUUGUUAUGUAUCCAUGGUUUAA